AUGCCUAGCCGCUUCUCAGCUGCCUUUAGGCGGAAAUCCUCUGCCAAUCCCGACGAGUUUCAGAGCCACCAGACCAUCCCCAGCGAGUCGUCCACCUCGUCUUUUCGAGUUCUCGAGCGAAACCCGGGGCCACCCGGCGGUCCGUCGUUUGAUGGCGGAGCUCGUAUGGCUCAUUCGUCCCCUUCCUUCCACAAACCCACCAACUCCGAUUCCCAGAUCCAAGAUAACAUUUUUUCUGGAUUGAACACCUACAGACGGCGGCUGACUGGUAUAAGGGGCAGCGGGGGAUCCAACACUACAAAAGGUACUUCGACCGACACAUCAUCCAGGCAUAGCAACGUUUCGACUGCGCCCUCAUCCGCCGACAUGGCAGCACAUAAUCACGAAGAUGGGCGGGGCGCCCCGCGGAAUACGAGCAGGACCCAGGACCCACCCGCCCGCCAAGCACAAAAGGGGGGCGCCAGUGGUUUUUUCGACCGUGCUGGCAGGUCACUCUCUUUUGGCAUACAAAAGAAGAGCCAUGCCUCUCAGACACCAUCGAGCGACCACAUCCCCGACAUGCCUCCUCUGCCUACUCUUCAGCGCGAGGACGAGAAUGGCCGGACGCGGGCCAUGACGGCCUCUACCACAAGCACCGCCACGCCCCCCAAGAUCGAGGAGCAGCACAAGAGUGACCUGGAUCUCGGCGGUGACUUCAGCACCAUGUUCAACAGGUUCGGCAAGAGAGCUAGCGGCGUCACCAUCGGCAGCGACAAGAAGGCCCCCUCGCCCGAGCUCGCUGCCAACUCGUGGGAAGGCCGUUUUUCUACCAGCGCCAACCGCGCCAGCUCAGACGCCCUUUCGCCACAGGACUCAUCCUCCACACCCCGACACCAGCCAUCUUUCGAGUACGGCUCGGCCAGCCCCGAGGGUGGCGCGAUGGAGGACGAGGACGCCAAGUUCCUCGCUGACUCCGUCGCCGCCACCCGAUUCCUCUCGGACGACGGCAAUCGCCGCAAGUCCCGCUCCAGCAUGGCCCUGCUGAACAACGACAUCAGCUUUAUGAAGAAGCCCGAGCCCGUCUACUCUCCCGUCGAGAACGACGAGAACAUGUUUGCCGGCACCAGUGCCGGCUUCUCCCGACCAACGGCCCUACACCCCACCGCCGCCGACCGCCCCGCCCAGCGAUCCUCCAGCCCGCCGCGCAACAGCAAGGUCAUGACGACGGCCGAGUUUGAGAAGUUCCAGAAGGACAAGGAGCGCAAGCAUCUCGAGAAGGCCGUCUACGGAGGCUCGGCCAGCGACGACGAGGACGAGGACGAGGACGAGAUCAACUACGACGAUGAGGAAGACGAGGAGGAAAAGGCUAAGGAGCAGGUUAGGGUGAAGCGUAGCAAGCAGGCCCAGAUGCUGGCCUAUCGCCAGAAGAACAUGAAGACGACGGGCAACCUCAACGCGCUCAGCGGUCCGGAAUCGCCCGCCCUCAGCGGCCGACCAAGUUUCCCCCAGUCGCUCAGCGCACCGCACCUCGGCGGCCUAGCCAAAACUCCCUCGCCCGAGCUUGGUCCUAUGGAGGAGAAUGAUGAGGACGAGGAGGUACCCCUGGCCAUCCUCCAGGCCCACGGGUUCCCCUCAAAGAACCGCUCCGCGAGCCGCCUGAGCCACUUUGGCUCCGCCACCAACCUGAACGCUGCCGCCCACCACCAGGCUCAGCUGCAGGCCCAGAUGGGCCGCCCGGCGUCAGCCGCCGGCGAGCGCGCCUCGGCCAACAUGAGGCGCGCCUCCGCCCUGCCCGCCUUUGCUCGGAACCUGCCCACGGACCCCUUUGUCGGUGCCGGCGUCUCGCGGCCAGCCAUGCGGGAGUCGCUAUCGUUUGGCAGCGGCAUCGGAACGCCCCAGCCUCAGCAGUCGAUGCACCCGGGAGGCCUCGUCGGCGUCAUCGUCAGCGAGGAGCGCUCCAAGGCCAUGCGCCGCGGCAGCCCAAACAUUGAUGCCCAGCGCUUCGGCGCCAGCUCCAUGGACCCCAUGGCCACCAUAAACCCGGGCUCCAUGUACCCCGGCGGAGUGCCGAGGAUGCCGCAGGCACCCGCCAUGGGCCCUGCCGAGCAGGCGCAGAUGCAGAUGAACCAGCAGAUGACGCAGUUCAUGCAGAUGCAAAUGCAGUUCAUGCAGAUGAUGGCGGAGGGCACCCGUGGAGGCCAGAUGCCCCAGAUGCCAAUGGGUAUGCAGAUGCCAAUGGGCGUGAACGGCAUGAAUAUGCAGCAGCAGCAGCAGGGAGGAAACCUGCCUAUGAACCAGUCAUACGCGGACCUCGGGGCCACUCAGCAGAUGGGCACGCCGCUCAUGCAGCCUCGACGCAUGGACGCCGGCAACAGGACCAUGAGCAUGGUGCAGCCACAGACGUCGUCCUUCCUACCCCAUUUCAACUCGCCAGGACCCUUGGGGGGCCCGGCGGUGGGCUACACCCCGUCAAUCGCGCCUUCCGAGCGCAGCAACGUCGGUCUCCCGGGACGCUACAGGCCUGUGUCGCAGGCUGGCGGUGCGCCUAACGGGCGCGCCAACACACCCAACGGCCUGGGUGGCGCUCACAACGUGAGCUUCAGCGGCGGCCUCGGCGCGCCGCCCACAAGCAGCCACAUGAGGGGGCCGUCUCUGCCGACGCUGUCCCUGUCCUCGUACGACGACACCAACAGCAAAUCUACCAUCCGGGUGACGAGCCAGCUUGCCACCAAGACUUCGUCUGACGAGGACGACGAUGAAGGUUGGGAGGCGAUGCAGGCCAAGAAGGAGGCGCGAAAGUCUCGAUGGAGGAUGAAGAAGGUUGGCGAGAUUAUCUGA